CAAAACCUUGCAUCGUCGGAAACAGAUUAAACCAUGAACGAAACCGGAACAUUCGAGGAGGAGGAAUUGGAUUACUUCUCGAGGUUGCCUGAAUCUGUUAUUCAUCAUAUUUUGUGGAUCAUUCCCUUCAAGGAUGCGGUCCGUUGUUCCGUCUUGUCUAAGACGUGGAAUCGCAUCUGGUGCAAUUACCCCAACAUUGCAUUGGCGUUUUGUGCAGAUACAUUGUCUCCUCUACGUCCUCUGCGCCUAUUCAUCGAACACGUUGAAGGCAUCAUGGAGCAAUGCCUCUUUCGAAAAGCUUGCAUACAGAAAUUCCAGUUACGCAUUACCAUUGCCACUGUCACAAAUAUGGAGGAGUUAGCCCCCAAUGUGGAUCGCUGGUUGGCGGCUGCGAUUGAGAGGAAUGUUUCGGAGCUAGUGCUUGAGGUUUCUUGCUUCCCUUGGUCGGAUCAUGCAUAUUCUAUUCCGGAGCGGGUCUUUGUUGCCAAUUCACUCAAGGUUUUAGAGGUUUUCCGGUGUAGGGUUGAGGAUAGGUUUACCCGCUGUAUUGGGCUAUCAAAUCUGCAGAGAUUAAAAUUUCGUUGGUGCCAAGUUGUGGGUGAGAAUGUGUUGAACAAGAUUCUAUCUGGAUGCCCUGCGUUGGAGGUUCUGGAAGUGUUUGCGUAUGGAAGUUUGAUCUCGGUUUCGCGUAAUCCUAGGUUAAAAUAUGUCUGGAUUGAGGGUGGAACAGAGCUGAAGAGGAUUGAAAUCUUCUUCACACCCAGUCUUGAAGCAUUCGACUGUAGGCUAGGAAAAGGAAAUCCAUGCGCCAUUGACUUGGAUACUUGCACUGCUCUCAAACAUUUGUUUUUAAAACAAGCUCAUCAUUUUCCUAUUCACAAUCUUUUGUCUAAACUUGUCUGUAUUGAAAGUUUGGACUUGUAUGAAUGUGAAGCAGUAGACCAAAUUAAGAUCUCAAGUCCAUGCCUCAAGAGACUAGCUUUAUUCUAUUUCAGUAGCUGCUUUCCUGGUGCUAUUAUCGACCUUCCAAAUUUACUUGAUCUACACUUGAAUGCUUCUGGUGAAUGUAACCCAGAUUUUCAGUUCAGUUCUUGGAAUGUCCCAAAGGUUGAAAAAUUUCACAUUUCGUUUUCUGCUAAAAGCUUCUGGAGUUUUUGCAGGGCUGGACUAGAGGAGUUCCUUAUGCAAUUACAUAACUAUGAGAGCUUGAAGUUGUUUAUUGUAGGCAGCUGCCAUGGAAAUGGACGGGUAAUUAACAUGAUUCUGCAUGAGAAACUGCUUGCAGUUCCGUUUCCGUCUCUGGGUGAGUUCCUAAUAGAAGCCUUGCCAAAUUCUGCUUUCAUAUCAUCCAUGAGGGAAGAAUAUUUAUCCAGAAGUGAACUGUAUAUUGGAAAAUUCCCUAUUCGUCUAUCCUUGAUAUUUUCUUCUCGCCAAAGCAUUGAGUUGCUGUAUAAAAAAUUGAUCAAAGAUUGCCCACAAUGGAGGUUUGAGCUGGUUUCAACCCAGGAGAUAGAGCAUGAAAUGGACUCAGCCUGGAAAUCCUUCAUCAACACCCAUUCAACCGGUUACCACACUGCUACAAUAAUCAUCCACCAGUUCUAUCAUCGACCCCUCCUAACAUGGAGGGGACAACCCUUAAAUAAAUGGAGUUAG